AAUAUUUGAUGCAACAGAUGGUAUUAGCCAAAUACAGAAGAUAGUAGAUGAUGAUAAUACAACAGAAGAAAGGUUAUCAGAAACAGAAAGAUCUAAAACCUAUAAUCUCCUACUUGAAGAAUAUCUUCGCAUUAAUACUGAUAGUGUUAAAAAAAGUAACUAUGAUUAUAAUUAUCUUGCACAGCAAACUGAAAGUCCUAUUAUGAAGAAAUCACCUAAUUCUCUUAACUCUAUUAUACCUUUAAGCGAUGAAAAUUUCGAAUUUACAAAAUUGCAGAAAGAACUCAUAUCAAUUGCUAAAGAAUAG